CUGCAGUAAGCGUGAGCUGCGGCACAGGUGAAUCUCCUAAUCAUUCUAUAUCAUCCUCAUCACUGAGGACAAUUCUAUCGCCACCACCAGAGAAAGACUGGUUCAACAAGCUGUAGCGCACUGCGUGGAAAUAUAUUGCCUAAUGGUGUCCAUGCGGCGGAUCUGCUAUCCCCGUGUCGCUCCUCCCGUUAUUAAUUGCUGGAGUGCCAGAGCCAGUGACGCUGACACCAUUUGCCUGGAGAUUCCAUCCGCUCGCCGCGACAUUAAAAGCUGCCUCAACUUGGUAGCGCCCGCCGUGAUCCUGCUUCUGCAGUGGAAACUUGGAAGACGACGACUCGGAUCAUUUUCUUAGGCAACCACAAUCUCCACCGUGCACAGGGACACACGCGUUUUUAUGCGCUCCUAUACUCCUGUUUGGUCCUGAUGAUGAAUGCCACGAAGAGGCUCCAUAUAGCCAUGUACACCAGCCAUGUACACCGAGAAGUGAGACGCUACAUGCAGGAUCGAGAUUGCGAGUCGUUAAAGCACGUUGGAGAUGCAGCCUUUAAUACUGCUAUAUUGCGUGUGUAUGUUGAAGGCUGCACAAUUGUUAACUCUGGGGAAGCAGAAUGCCACCCACAAUACUUGUACGAGAAAAGGUGUAAGUUGGUCCCGUGCUCAGGCUUAUUACGGUUCAACAAAAGGACAAUCUACUAGUGCUAGCAGAGGAUGUACACAGACCUGCACCGUGCUGUGUGGCAUUCUAUGACGGUAUAUGAGGCUGAGCACUGCAGUAGAGUAUACUUUCAGCCUCAACGCCGUCAGUCGAAGCUCCACUCUAAAUCCGUAUUAAUUGAUGCAGAAUAGACAAUGCUACGCCCUCAUAUCGAUUACAGACAUUCGUAGCUUACCACGAUGGGUGGCACAACGAAUGUCGGCAGUAGAUGGGCUGUGGCACUGUGAGGACAGAAUUCACAAAACGCAGUACCAACAUCACCAGGCCUCGGGUAGAUCGAGCAAAGCGCCUCCCGAGAAGCCUACUACAGCGCCGGUCUAUCAUAUGCCAUCCUCAAGUUGCGCAUAGAACCACCAUCAGGAUAUUCACGAGCAGCACGUUGGGUCUGAAGUGCGGAAGUACUGUACAGCCUCGAGUUCGGAAUGGGAAGGACUUGAAUGCAGGUUCGGCGGCCCACUGCAUUGAGGAACUGGAACUUGAAAGUGGCCAAGAAGCGCCUACAAUUGUACAGUACCUACCUAACUAGGUACCUAGUACUAGGAGGUAGUGAACGGGUACUACUGAGCGGUCGCGGCAGAGCGAGUCGCACCAGUGGUGUGCUGGACGACGAGGGAGCAUGUAAAGAUCUCGUGAGAUGAAGUGGACGAGCAGUCAG